AUAACGAAUGAUUGCAAGAUAUCCACAUCAAGCUAGCUCUGUACUUCGAGUUUUCAACUUUUGUUGGUUGAAUAGAACACUUUAUAAUUAUUUUAUAAAUCAAGGACACAUAGUCAACACAAGCAUCGUAAAAAGAAGUGUAGAUUACGAUUGUGUUUGUGGGCUGGUCUAACACUGCUAACAAUCACAACAUUUGAAUGACAAUCACAACAUUUGGAUGACGUUCUAUUAGUUACUCGCACCAUAAACCAGAACCAUGAAGUGCCUAGCAGACGUGAGACUGCCCGUUUACAUCCUAGUCAUACUGUUUGGUAUGGGUUCAUGGAUAGCCGUUAAUGGAUUGUGGGUAGAACUUCCAUUGCUGGUGGAUGGCGCUCCUGAAGGCUGGAACCUUCCCUCGUACAUCAUAAUUAUUAUCCAAGCGGCAAAUAUUGGUCCUCUUCUAUACACUUUAAUAAAUAAACUGGCUCCCAACAAGUUUCAUGAAAAGCACGGGGCUUAUAUUGUGGUGAUUUGUGGAGCGGCAGGCUGUUUGAUGUUGGUUUUCCUAUGGAAAAAAAACAGUUAUAUAGGAGGUGUGCAAUACAGCACAGGGAUGUUAUGUUCUGUGCUCUUGUUAUCCAUGGCUGACUGCACCUCAUCUGUUGUGUUUCUCCCAUACAUGUCCUUGUACAAGCGCGAGUACAUCACGGCUUUAUACAUUGGUGAAGGACUCAGUGGGCUGCUUCCAAGCUUGGUCGCACUUGGACAGAGCGUCGGCAAGACUGUGUGCGUAAAUGAAACUGUCAACCAAACCACUAAUGAAACACAAUUGCAGCCAAGAUAUUUACCGCCUCAUUUUCCUGUUGAAGAUUUCUUUUACUUCUUACUUGCCAUGAUGGUGAUUUGUGGACUUGCCUUUACACUACUGCACUACUUGCCCUAUUGCAAACAAGAACACGCAUCCCCUGAUGUAAGCAUCUCCGCACACGUGAAAUUCAUCAAUGCUGACAGCGUGUCCCUAGAACUGGAUCGAAAAGCAGAUCCUGAAUGUGACAUUUCCGUUGGUAAAGAUGUGGUAAAUGUGUCAACUAAAUCUUUUCUUAUUAUGCUGUUCGAAGUUGGGAUCAUUAAUGCCCUCACCAAUGGGGUUCUAUCAUCUGUCUCCUCCUAUGCCACGCUACCCUAUGGCAAUCAAGCAUUCCAUCUUGCCAACACACUGUCAAUGAUAGCAAACCCUCUUGCAUGUGGUGUAGCUUUUUUCCUGCCCGUGAUGUCCCAGCGGAUCAUCACCAUGACAACACUGGGUGGUGUUUCUGUCGCCACCUACAUUCUGGUGAUUGCUAGCUACAGUCCUCAGCCUCCACUGUAUGACCACACAGCAGGAGCAGCUCUUAUUGUGAUCGCUACAGUGUUAGUGAGUGGCCUAAUGUCGUUUUCCAAGGUCAGCAUAGCGUCGGUGCUUCGCUCCAGAGGUCGUCGCGCACUGCUGUGGUGUGGCAUUGUGACCCAGAUUGGAUCAGCACUUGGAGCCAUACUCAUGUUCAUUAUUGUCAAUGUUCUUAAGUUGUUUCAUUCCAAAUACCCAUGUACUUAGUCAGUUUUAUCUGUUUCUAUCCAAAAAAAACUAUACUCAAUAAACGUCCUUGUUUCUAGCUGCAUUUUUGUAUCCAUUUAUUUAUAGAACAUUCAUGUACUGGUAUCCACAAUUUGAAUGUGUACAGGUUAUUUAAAUACAAUUUUGUUUCUUUUGCUAUAGUUUUAUUCAUCCCAAUGCAUAAUAAAGCGUUAAAAAUUGCU